CGCUCUGCACUGCCCCCUGCUGGAAACUCAGCGAACCGAGAGAAUAGCGAGAAGGCGAUAGAAGCAGCCAAACAAAGCGAAAAAAGCGGCUUCCCCUCUGUCCUGUGCCCGAUCAGUCGCUGGCAGCCUCUUAUCUCCGGGCAAGGACAGCCGGAGGGGGGUAGAGAGGGAAGAGUGAGCACUCGGCUUCCUAUAGCGCGCCUGUGCCCGGGGGGAACAUCCGCAGGGACGAGCACAGCCAAGAUGGUGAAAGCGAAAAAAUCUCCGGCGAAGCGGGCACCCGCGGAGCGCCACACGAGGGCAUCAGGGAAGCUGGAGGUAGCGAAACCCGCGGCGGCGCCUGUAGACACCAAGAAGAGCAAAGCCAAGAAGGCGGCAUUGAAGAAGCAGGUGGAGGAGGACAGCAAGGAGGACGAUCUCCUGGAGCUGGGCGCUCAGAGGCAGCGCUGGAUCAACUUUGUCAAACAGCAAAGUGUCAGCCCCGAGGAGGCAGCCAAACUUCUGCUGGACUCCUUCGAAUACAAAGGCCUGGUGAAGCACAGCGGAGGAUGUCACUGCGGAGCCGUGCGAUUCGAGGUUUGGGCAUCAGGUGACAUUCACAUCUUUGACUGCAAUUGCAGCAUCUGUGUAAAGAAGCAAAACCGCCAUUUCAUCGUCCCUGCAUCACGUUUCAAAUUACUGAAGGGUGCCGAUAAUCUCACCACUUACACCUUCAACACCAAAAAAGCACAACAUACAUUCUGCAAAACGUGCGGAGUCCAGAGCUUCUACACACCUCGCUCCAACCCUGAUGGCUAUGGUAUAGCAGCACAUUGCCUGGAUGAAGGGACAGUCCGCAGCCUCCAUGUGGAACAGAUCAAUGGGAAGGAAUGGGAAAAGGCUAUGAAAGAACACAAGUCCAUUCGCAACAUGUCAAAGUCCUGAGAAUGUUCUGUACAUGUGUUUUCUUUCUGUAUGUUUCUGCAUUUCCUUCCAUCACUAGUUUUAUACUCUUCUGCCUUCGUGGCAUGCCCCCUUCAAUCACGUGAAAUAAAUCUUUUCUAUACACUCAUGAAUACA